GGAGAAACGUCCUACAGUUUGUAAAAACCUACAUGUUUUGUCUUUUUUCGAUUUUGAAGAGUCAAGUUUAAAUUCACUACUAUACUACAAAUCCUAUGCCUAAACAUCGAGAUCAUGUCCUGUCACCAAGGCUGACCGAUUUCUUCUGGUGUUCAGAGUCUUUAGGGGUUUCUAGCACCAUUUGAAAUCGGUUACAAUGAAGGACAGAAUCCAGCAUUUGAAGCAGAGACAUGAACCUUUCUGCUGCCUCCUACUUAGUGAAGAGAUUUUUAUGCGAAGUGUUUCUACGGUGACCUUUGGGAGCCGCCAGGAGCGGAAGAUAUUUCCAACUCACAGUGCACCAAAUCGCAUGGGGAAUGAGAUGCUCACAUUGCAGAGUUCACCCACGCCUGGCCCUGGCUGCUAUGACAACCAUGUGGUGGGUACGAUUGUUUAUAAUCUCGAACGAAGACCGGAGAGUAAGAAAGGCUAUACUUUUGCAGCCCGCACUGCUCCUCGCUUCCUUCCCUCUUUUCAGACAGUCACUCCAUCACCUCAGCAAUACCAGCAGGACUGGAGUGUGUCACAAAUGUGUUGUUCUGAAAUAAAAACGCCAUUUAACUCCACCACACCGAGGUUUAUAUCCCAGUCUGCUAGAGUCAGCUGCAACCCUGGACCUGGUACGUACAUGCUUGAUGGCACAGGAAGUAAGAGGGUAUCAUGGCCGAUGAAGUUUGGCUCACCAGACUGGGCCAGAGUGCCCACGCUUGAAAGAAAAGCACUUCGAACAGAGCUUCCACGUGACAUGGAGUUCCAGAAACAUCGCAGCAGAGUGGCAUAUCUACGCUUGUAUUACCCCUAAAUUUGCUUGAGCAAGUUAAUUGUCCAAAUCUGAUUUAGGAUCUGAGCACAUUGAAUACAGUCCCUGACAAAAGUCUUGUCGCUUGUGUACAAAUUGACCUGAAGUGCCGCUGAAAUAUAUUUCUAAUCAAGAUUUUUUUUUUUUUUUUACAAGAAAUGGCUCAUUUUAAUCCCAACAGCUUUUGUAAUAAUGUUUCAGUGCAAAACAAAACUGUCAAAAAGUAUUCUGAUAUUAACAGCUUGGUAAAGCCCAUUGAGUCAAUUUUUGCAAAGACAUAAGUGUUGUCGCCUUGUCAUAUGAGCUUCACCUGUGACUAAUAAUGGAUCAAUUAGGUCUCAGGUGUGUAUAAAAAGAACCCCAGUACACUAGACCUUCACAUCAACUGCAACUAGACCUCUGCAAACAUGCCUAAGAUUCACCCUGAGACUAAAGUUUUGAUUAUCAAGAGACUGAAGAGAUCCAGAUCCACUGCUGAUGUGGCAGACACCUUCAAUGUGUCUCAGCAUCAAGUACAGAGGAUAAAAAAAGAUUUGAAGAGACUGGAAACAUUUUGGACAAGCCCAGGUCAGGCAGACCCCGCAAGACAACUGCUCGAGAGGACCGUUUGUUGGCUCAAAAAUCCAAGGCCAGCCCAUUUUCCACUGCAGCAGAGCUCCACGAGACCUGGUCACCUGAAGUCCCUGUGUCAACCAGAACAGUUUGUCGGAUUCUGUCUCGAAAUGGCCUCCAUGGUCGAAUCAGUGCCCAGAAGCCAGUACUAAACAAAAGACAAUUGAAAAAUCGUGUGGCAUUUGCCGAGGCCCACAGCCUGCUAAAAUGAUGGACGCUGGAAAAGUGGCAGAAGGUGGAUUUUUUCAGAUGAAUCUUCUGUUGAAUUACACCACAGUCACUGCAAAUAUUGCAGGAGACCUACUGGAACCCGCAUGGAUCCGAGAUUCACCCAGAAAACAGUGAAGUUUGGUGGCGGAAAAAUCAUGGUCUGGGGUUACAUCCAGUAUGGGGGUGUGUGCGAGAGAUCUACAGGGUGGAAGGCAACAUCAAUAGUCUAAAAUACCAAGAAAUCUUAGCUACCUCUUAUAUUCCCAACCAUAAAAGAGGCCAAAUUCUGCAGCAGAAUGGUGCUCCAUCGCAUACUUCCAUCUCCACAUCAAAGUUCCUCAAGGCGAAGAAGAUCAAGAUGCUCCAGGAUUGGCCAGCCCAGUCACCAGACAUGAACAUCAUUGAGCAUAUGUGGGGUAGGAUGGAAGAGGAAGCAUGGAAGACGAAACCAAAGAAUAUUGAUGAACUCUGGGAGGCAUGCAAGACUGCUUUCUUUGCUAUUCCUGAUGACUUCAUCAAUAAAUUGUAUGAAUCCUUGCCAAACCGCAUGGAUGCAGUCCUUCAAGCUCAUGGAAGUCAUACAAGAUAUUAAAUUUGGAUCUCACAGCACCACUACUUUAAUUUGCUGACAUUUUUGUAUUUGCAGUAAAUUUGUUCAAUUUCUGUUGCCAAAAUUUGACCUUUCUGUCUUGAUUACAUGAUAAAUCUUUUUUCAGGGAAACCAACUUAUUUCAGUGCAUUAAACAUCAUUUGGGAGGGUUUUAGCUUUUCAUAUGAGCUUUUUCUAACACCCAUUGAUUAAUUAAAAGUCAGGUUAAUAGCAGGUGUUUCUACAAAAUAGAUAGGUGACAAGACUUUUGUCAGGGACUGUAUUUCAAUCAGAUACUGGCAUUUGUUAUAUUGUAUGCUGUUCUUGUGUAUACAUAUUGCUGUAUCAAUUGCUUUUAUCCAGAAAACAGGAAAGGGUUUUUUUCUUUUUGCCAUACAAAUAAUUAAAGAAAUAAACUC